AGAUCAAGAAGAACAUGUGCCCACUACAUGAACAUAACCUAACUGAUGUCAAGUGGCACAACUUGUCUUCAUCUAUGGUCAGUGCCUUGUUUAUAGCCGUGCCAUAAGCCUUGUUCUAUGGUCAGUGCAGUAUAGAUCAAUGGGAGAUAUACCGGGCUUUGCCGACCCCAAUAAGGCGGUGGAAAUUUCCAAUGAUGACGACGCAUGGAAGAAAAAAUCCGCCAAAAAGUCGGGGGGCUUCCAGUCGAUGAAUCUGAGCCAUAACGUAUUGAAAGGCAUCAUAAAAAGGGGCUACAAACAACCGACGCCCAUACAGAGAAAGACGAUUCCACUGAUUCUUGAAGGCCGGGAUGUUGUUGCCAUGGCCAGGACAGGUAGUGGGAAAACAGCCGCUUUUCUAAUUCCAAUGUUCGAGCGACUGAAAGCCCGCACUUCAAAGGCAGGGGCCCGUGGCCUCGUCUUCUCCCCUACCAGGGAAUUAGCCCUGCAGACUCUGAAGUUCUUCAAAGAAAUCGGCCGUUUCAUGAACCUUAAAGCGGCGGUUAUUCUUGGAGGAGAUUCAAUGGAAGACCAGUUUUCCGCCAUUCAUGGAAAUCCCGAUGUUAUAGUGGCAACUCCCGGUCGGUUUCUUCACGUUUGCAUCGAGAUGGAACUGAAGCUCAAUAACAUAGAGUAUGUAGUGUUUGAUGAGGCGGACAGGUUGUUUGAAAUGGGGCUCACUGAGCAACUUACAGAAGUAGUAAGUCGUUUGCCCGAUUCUAGACAGACUUUGCUGUUUUCCGCUACUUUGCCCAAAGUGCUGGUGGAGUUUGCUAAGGCUGGACUGAGUGAUCCGGUUUUAUUAAGGUUGGAUGUUGAAUCCAAGCUUCCAGACGAACUAAAACUGGAGUUUUUCAUAGUGCGGCCGGAGGAAAAACUGGCCGCUUUGCUGGUUUUGCUUCAAACUGUCAUCGACUCCAAGCAGCAGACCGUUAUUUUUGCGGCGACAAAGUACCACGUUGAGUACAUCCAUUCGGUUCUGGAUCUAGUAGGAAUCACCAACACCUACAUUUACUCCAACUUGGAUCCUUCAGCGCGGAAAAUUCACGCCGCCAAAUUUGGAACUGGAAAAGUGAAGGUUCUAGUUGUAACCGAUGUGGCUGCCCGCGGAAUUGAUAUUCCUGCUUUAGACAAUGUGAUUAACUUCAACUUCCCGGCUAAACCCAAGCUGUUUGUCCACAGAGUCGGAAGAUGCGCUAGAGCUGGAAGAUCGGGAAUAGCCUAUUCCCUCAUAGCCUCAGACGAACAGGCUUAUCUGGUGGAUUUACAUCUGUUUUUGGGGCGCCCGCUGUCCAUAGCAACUCUGAAGAAGAAAGAAGGGACUAUUGGCAGAAUCCCGCAGGAUCUGGUGGACGAACAUUUGAGCUCUUUGAUAGUGUUGCAUGAAAAUCAGCUGGAUUUGACGUCGGCGCAAACAACGAUAGAGAACGCGUAUAAGAAGUACGUAAAAUCGCGGCCUGCGGCUUCAUCCGACAGUCAUCGCCGCAUUAAACAGUUGAAUCUGAGCAAUUGUGCUGUUCAUCCAGCAUUCAGAACAAACGGGGAUGAAUAUCAUCGAGACCUUUUGUUGGAUCAAAUUAGAAACUAUCGCCCCAACGGGACAAUUUUCGAAAUAUGUGGCAAAAACAAAUCGCCGGAAUAUCUGAUGAUGAAAAAGAAAAGGUUGGCCGAUAAGCACAAGAUCGAAUUGUUUAGGCAGCGGCAUGAGACCGACCCGGACGAAAGCGAAAGCUUCCACGAACCAGUAACGUCUCUAACAGAGAGUUCCAAAGAGGACAUCGAAGGCACAUUCAAAAGCGUAAUCGUGCCGAAGAAGCGCAAAAUGGAACAGCUGUACAAGAAAGCCAAAAAGCCCAAAACAGUAGACGAAGUCUACAUCCCCUAUGCCCCCAAGGACCAUCAUACCGAGCAAGGCUUGAUAGUGAAUAAUUUCCAUAAUGAAGCCAACAAAGUGCAGUUCGACUUGACCGGCGACUCAGAGGAAGCCAUGAACUCGAGCCACGUGAAGAAAAAGUGGGACCGCAAGAAGAAGAAGAUGGUCGGGGUAGAGAACCCGAGAAAAGGUAAAAUCAAAACGGAAAGCGGCGCUUGGAUUCCAGCCACUUACAAGAGCGACAGAUACGCCCAAUGGAAAGAGAAAACCAAAACUGGAGCUAAUGAUGAUGAUUAUGGCGAUGAGGGCAGCGCUCCGCAAGAUGUUAAUGGGCCGAGACGCCACACGCACUGGGCGAAACACAACGAGAAGGAAAAGCUGAAGAAGCGCUCCUCGGACAUGAAGAGCAUGGACCAGAUUCUCAAAGCCAGGGAAAUUGCGGAACGCAAGAAAAGGAAGCAGAAGAAGGGCAAGGGCAAGGGCAAAUCUAAGGGAAAAGGUCGCAGAAAUAAGAGAUAGGAUUAGCUGGGGAAUAAAGCCAUGCUUUCAAUGGCUUGGAAUGUU